AUGACCGUUGAGAGAACUUUUAUGAAAAAGUCUUCGAAAGAUGCACUCCUUCCCGCGCUCAGCUGCUCACUGGUAGUUCCGACUGGACUCAGCCUCAAGGAAAAACUUCUGCCAGAAUAUCUGAAAGAGAUCGGAUACACAACUCAUGCAGUGGGAAAGUGGCACCUUGGAUAUUGCAAUGACUCAUUUCUCCGAAUGAUCCGAAUGAAAAUCGAGGAUUUGACACUUUCCUUGGGUAGGCAUUAUGGUGGUGCAGUCGACUAUCAUAGCCACGUUGCUUCUGGUGAUCUUAGAAACUAUCUCAAUCAUUUUCUCAACGGAGAGCCGUACAUUCCUGAGGACGGUUUCGAGUUCGCUUCGUAUACUUGGAGUAACAGAACGAUCAAAAUUUUGAGAGAAAACGAAGAUCAGCCAAAUUUCGUGUAUCUUGCAUUCAAUGCGCCGCAUGAAAAAGUGGCUGCUCCACAAGUUUUGAAGGAUGAAAUGGACGCUCUUUAUCCGAAUGUACCAAGUACCCGCCGAAUGCAACUCGCUGCUGUUAAGUCAAUCGACAUCGCCAUGGAAAGUGUCAUCAAAGAAGCAUCAAAACUCGACCGAGAAACCAUCAUCAUUUUUCAUUCCGACAACGGCGGCGCCCUCCAGGCCUAUGGCAGCCUUGAACUCUCGAAAGGCUACAAUAAACCGCUGCCAAGAAAUCUCGAUGGAAUUGACCAACACGCGCUUUUCGAGAACUCGACUGUUACUCAAAUCAGAGAUAAAUUUAUUUACGCGAUUUUACACGAAUGGGACGAUGAGAAUCUUGCCUGGAAAACGACUUAUGCAGUGCGUUUUGGAGAUUUCAAGUUUAUGAACUAUCAAUCUGAGCUCAUCGGAAUUACUCAAUGUCCCGAAGGAUGGUCAAACUAUGAGCAUACGAAGUCUCUUUUCCCGAAUCCGAGUAAAAGACAAACGAGCAUGAGAAAAGUCUGGGAUUUGUCUGAUCCUGGGCCGAACAAAGAAUUUGGCGAGAUGAUUCGAAGCUCUGGAAAAUACAAGGAUUUGAUUGACGAAAUUCAAUCAUAUGUGGCGAAAGAAAUGCAGAAGGGCAUUGAGUUUCCGGUCACGGGGAAACUGAAAGGAGGCAAAUUACUCGCCAAAAUUUUGCGAAAAAUUCCAUUUGAAGAGAAAAUGCAGCACUACUACGACACUGGACGAAUUUACUCUUUUGACAGUGUUCUUCGAAACAAAACAGGUUUGGACGGAUAUCUCGGGAGCAACUGGUGUCCAAAUAAACUCGACGAGCCUUUAUUCACAAAAAUGUACUUUGAAGCUGUCGAAAAUAACCAAGAGAAACACGCCUUUAUGAUCAAUAAACAUCUCUGGAAUGGCCUUGGUCCAGAUCCAAAUACCCCUUAUUUUGGGUCCUCACACAAAAUCAAAUUUAGAUAUAUACGAAGCAAAUAUUUUGAGGAGGACGAAGAAGAUUUGGACAGCGAUUGGUGGUUUACUGAUUAA